AUGUCGGCGCCGGGCUGGGCGCCCACGCACGUGCAGGUGACGGUGCUGCGGGCGCGGGGGCUGCGGGCCAAGGCGGCGGCGGGCGGCAGCGACGCGUACGCGGUGAUGGCGCUGGGCCGGGACAAGUUCUCCACGUCGGUGGCCGAGCGCUGCCAGGGCCGGCCCGAGUGGCGCCAGGAGGCCACCUUCGAGCUGCCGCCGCGGGCCGCCGCCGCCGCCGCCCUGCGCCUCACCGUGCUGCACCGCGCCCUCGUCGGCGUCGACAAGUUCCUGGGCCGCGCCGAGGUUGACCUGGCGGCGCUCCGGGGGGACGGCGGCCGCCGGCACACCAGGUGGUACAAGCUUCGCUCCAAACCAGGGAAAAAGGAAAAGGAGAGAGGGGAGAUUGAAGUGGAUAUCCAGUUCAUGAGGAGCAACAUGACAGCCAGCAUGUUUGAUUUGUCCAUGAAAGACAAGUCUCGCUCUCCGUUUGGCAAGAUCAAAGACAAGCUCAAGGGGAAGAGGAGCAGUGGGCUCUCUGACACGGCAUCGGAGAUCGUUCCCAGCACGACUCACUCCCCAGCUGAUAGCGAAGAUGAGUCAGCCGAGAAGGAGAAGAAGAAAUCAAAGUUCAAAACCCUGUUUUCCAAACCUGGCCUGAAGAAGACUUCCCUCUCCCAGUCCAUGUCCGUCCUGCCUACGCCUCAGCCCGGGGCCGAGCGGGUCAGGCUGCGGCCCAGCGACUUUCAGUCGCAGUGGGAUGACGAGGAGUCGGAGACCUCUCCAACCUCAGAAAGAGCCUUUGGAAAUGCCCUGGAAGAGAAGUCUCCUUCUCCAGUAUUUAAAUCUCGUAAAACAGCAACUUUGGACAACAGGCAACUAAACCAAACAACCACUAGCAACACCAAGAAAGAAGGGCUCUCCUUAUUCAGUGGCCUUAAAUCCAAAAAUGAUCCGGUCUCCAAGUCCAGUCUGUGUAUCAAUGGCAGUCACGUUUAUAUGGAGGAGAGCGCGCUGAAGGACAACACUCCAGCGUCUUCCCCCUCUCCUCUCAACUUCAGGAGGAAGCAGCUCUUUGCUUCAGAAGAGAACCUGUCUUCCAGGUCUGCUAAAGGACCUGAAGAGGUGGGCGGAACAUCUCCCAGCAACGCUUUGUCUGGGUCUGCAUCCCUGGAGACCUUUAAAUCCAUGACGCUGCCAUCAUACAAAUUGCUUAGCAGUGAAGAGAACCUGGAAACCAGCACUCCCCUGACCAUCGAGGUCAUUAAAGAGACCAAAAAAACGGACCACAAGAAGUCUGCCUUGCUUUCCCUGGUCACAGGGAAGAAGGAAGCAGCGAAAACCAGUGACGCUGAAAGAAUUCCAGAGAGGACUCCGAAGGAAGAGGAAACCAAGGCUGCGGAAGAGAAAAGCGAACAGGAGGCCAAACGUCUUGAGUUUUCAGCAGACUUAAGCAGAGGAAGUCCUCCAGAAGACAGUCACCUAGAAGAAGUCCCCACGAAUAAACAACCGCUCAACCCUUUUGAGGAAGAGCAGAAACCUGAAAAGGCUGCUGCACCAGCGAAGACCAAAGCUGUGAAACCCAGACUCCAUCCUGUGAAGCCAAUGAAUGCCACAGCAAAUAAGUCUCAAAGUAAAAACCUGAAUGUCAUCAGCACUAUGAAUGAAAAGCUGAUUGAGAUGAACGUAAAGAAAUACGAUCCUUCAGAUCCUGCCUAUGCUUAUGCUCAGCUUACACACGAUGAGCUGAUCCAGCUGGUCUUGAAACAGAAGGAUACGAUUAGCAAGAAGGAUCUCCAGGUGCGGGAGCUUGAAGACUACAUCGAUAACUUGCUUGUCAGAGUCAUGGAAGAAACCCCAAACAUUCUUCGUGUUUCAACUUCGGGAAACAGAAAAGCUGGAAAGAUGUAAAAGCUCUCUGGACGUUGAACAAAGAACUGAAUUCCCGCCAGCAGAGUUUGAUUAAUAAGGAGACAAUGUGAAGUAGGUGGUACCGGUUGUGUUGCCCACACAAAAUGACCUCUUUCCUGUUUCUGCCUUGAGCAACUAUCACUUUGGUUAGUGGUUACAUCAGGUCUUGUACAGGGAGUCCAGAAGUAGAAUCAACUUACCAUAUUUAUUUUUUUUUGGUCUUUUUCCAUUAUUUGGGAAGAUUUGUUCAGGCAUCUAGUCCAAAGGAUGAUUGCGAUAGGAAGGAUGAAGGUUUUCUUUGAUACGUUUUCCUCGCCGGCAUUGCUGAUCCUUUAUGAAGAUUUUUUCGUAGUUCAGUUUUGUAGCUGCUUUGAUAGAUCAAUUACUCCUCUGUCCACAUCUUAAGUUAUAGUGCAAUAUAAAAUCUUGUACAGUAGAGCUUGAGGAUUUGAUUUUUUUUUCUUUAUUGUUUUGAAUAACUACACUGGAGAAGUCCAAAGAUGUAAGCUUCAGAACAGGGCUGCAUGAGCUGGACUUUAAAAGCAAUUAAGGCCCUAAAAGUGGAAUGCAAUUUAAACCAUGGACUGGAAAGUAAGGAACAAAGCUAAAUUAAUGACAUAAUGUAAAUAUGGUUUCAAAGCAGUUCUCCAAGGGGAAGGUUUACAGGUGGUUUUUGGUCAAGGAAACACUGAGACGUCAUGGUACGUUUGUCUACCAUAGGAAUAAGUAGUAGUAAUGCAUUUGGGCUGAAGGUACCUUAAAUUGGAAGUUGUUCUCCUACAGGCUUCCAAUUCCCGAUUCAAAGCUUGUUCGGAGAAGGAAGAAGGCAAAGGUACAUCUGGUUUCUGUUCCGUAUUCUUAAAUAGGGAUGGAUUUCACUGCACACGUGCGUGGCCUGUGUCACUUGCUGUAUGAAAGUUCAGUGAUAAUUUUAGUAUUAUACCGUUGCAGUUUAGUGAAUCUAAGCGCCUUGGAUUUUGGAGCUAGUGCUUACCUUGGAACAACCUUCUGAGGUGAUCAGUCUUAAAACUUUCUUAUAUUUGUUACACAGCUAUCAAAAGAACCAAAUUGCCCUCCCCUUGGGAUGGGAACAGUUAAAAUUCUAGUGCUCAAAUCUGAUUUGGUUUUCUUUGUGACAUGAAGCUCGCAAUGGCAUAAAAAUUUAUGUAGCUGAAAAAGAGUACUGGUUUUGCAAGACAAUCACAUACCUCGGUCUGCUUCCUUCAUUUGUGGCUUCUUUGCAGCUCAAUAGAGACAGGUAUGUUCUCCCCAUCUCAUCAGGCAGAAAAUAACGGCAUAGCACUGUCAAGCAGCCACAACAGGCUUCCUCUACUGAAAGUUAAAUGUGGCUUUUUUGUGGCGAGCUCUUGCCAAAGCUAACAAAUCAGAUGUGUCUUUGCAGCUCUUAGAUUAAUCAGGGUUGUGAGAGUCCAUCAGAAAUUUAGAAGAAAGUUGAAAUAUCAAAAGAGUGAGUAGCAGAGAACCAAAGUAAACGCUUCUGCCUUCUGAAAUUGAGAUAAUCUAUUUGGUUACUCCAGACGUAGCUCGAAAGGGGUGAGUUUCUAAGGCAAUUUUCCUACAGUAAAGCACUUUAAUGAGGGACUAGCUGGAUUAACUAUUAACCUCUUAGUAGUCUUCUUACUGGUUUCAUAAAACACUGAAAGCUACUGGAGACUUCUCAAAUAGUGUGUUUUUGUAGUGAAGAGAAGUUUAAUAUAUUUGCCUAGAGAUGUACACAUUUAUUGGAAAAUUCAAAAAAUGCCGUUAAUUACAUUCUGUUACUGUAAACUGGCUAACUACCAAAGUCUGGCCUAGCAAUUGAAUCUUUUCUGACAGAGCUCUCCUUCAUGGGAAGCUCGAUUUGAAACAAGCCUUUUUGGUUUAAGUGUUAGGAGUCUUUAGGUACUUCUUUACUGUACCCUCUUCUGUGAAUGAAGGGUUCGAAACACAGAAAUUCUUAGUGGCAUCUUCAGGUCUGGGCUGAUGGUUUUAAUUUUGAGCGGUGCUGGUUGGCAUUACUGGAAAUUGAUGCUGCUUCUCGUGCCUUGAAAUAAUGAGGAAGAUGAAGAAAUAAUUUCAGUUUCUUCCUUGUGCCUCAGUGGAUCUCUGGAAAGAAGUGGUUGCCCGUACCUCAUUAAUAAAUUAGUCUUCUAGACUUUUUUCCACAACUUUCUGGUUUUCUACUUCAAUCAGAAAAACCAGUAGUGCCUUUGAACAAUGGCAUAAAGUUCAAAAUCAAAAAUGGUAUUACUGGUAGUCAUAACUGGACACAUGCUAAGGAAGACUUGGCUUGGUUUUUGCUGUCCUUGUUUUAAAAGAAUAAGGGUACUACCAUGUGGCUGCUGAAGUCACUGUGAUGCUGCGUAUGAUGCUCUUGGAGCACGGAUCUCAUGAAGUUCUUACAGUGGAUUGAUUACAUGCAUUCCUUUUGGCAAGAAUAUGUAUCUUGAGGUUGUAUACACACAGACAAAAUGGUAGUAUAUGCUAAUAAUAGUCUCCUUAGAGACGAAGCCUUAAAACUUGUAAUAUCCUCUCUCAGUAGCCUUUUGCUAGUUUCAACUUUGUCCAUUAAGGUGGGCCUCGGGUUGUCUGGCUUUUGCACCUUGGGUGGUUAUCUCCUGUGGUCGCAGGCCUUGCUGCAGGGUGGCGGUCCUGUGCAAGCCACGCUUCUACUUCCAGAGCUGUGAAAACACAGCACAAAUCUCGUACCUCAAUCUUUUAUCAGCAAUACUAUUUAAAGCCUUUCUUUGGCAUAAGGGGACAGGCGUUUUAGGUUCAGCAGGGUGCUUCACGCUGACUUUAAGGGGCCUAAGAAUCAAGUGUAUUGUUUUAUUAUUUUAUUAUUGAAGGAUUUGAAUAUAUUUUUCCCCGUUCAUCAUACUGUCUGCUUUUAGCCUGGGUUGCUGUUUGUUUUUAAAUGCCCUUUGGUUUCAUGGAACACUAAAAUAAAAGAUAUCUCAAUUCCAGUG